CGAAUGUAUCGUCCGCGUGUGAGUGACAGCGAGCCAUUAUGAUCUAUCGUAUGAAGUUCGACCCUUGUCGAUUGCACGAGGAAUCUCGAUUGUUUUUCGUACUAGGUUCACGCCGUGGUGCUCACUUUUUAAUUCGGUUGCCGCGGUCUUAUCGUUCGAUGUUUUAUCGUUUGCUAUUUGCACACCUCAAGUAAGUAAUCUCAAACAAAAAUAACAAGUUCCAGCGAGUGCCUGACAUUUCUGUGCAGUAGCUUGUGGUGCGGGACUAGACGAGGAUAAAAGAAAACAAGCGAAGGCCUAAUAAUUCAACCUUUAUUUGUCGGAGAUACUGGAUUUAGACCGAGUUGUAGGCCAGAAGUACAAGAAUAAAGAUAACGGUUGCAAGCAGGCCAGGACCGGUGGUUGAAAGUGGGGAAGCGGCAACAUGCCGGAGGGCAGCGGUAGUCCUGCGGAUGUGGUAGCGACGUUGCUCCCGUCCGACGUGCAAACGCAGAAUGAAGCUGUCGCCCGGAGGAAGCUCUUGCCAAAGAUCAGUCGGAAGGACGGAAUUAGCGAAAGGAGGUAAAAACUUUUUGGAAAGAAUCAACUCAAUGAAUACGAACCAUCCGUUGUCAUGCGUACACGUCGCUAUGAACUAGGCAUAGUCUGGCAAAAAAGUGCUAACAGAAGCUGCUCUUGAACUUGAUUGGUUUCAGCAAGGUCGAAUGAUUUCGAUGCAACAAUUCCACGAGCACCAUGAACAUCUACCAGGACGGAGUUUGCGAAGAGCUUGUUUAACCAAGAUCUGAAGGAGCUUACCGAGUGGCACAGAUGGCGAAGCCCAUUGGAGCAGAAGAAAUUUCUCAAGUCCGUGGACUCGCUUUACAGCGUUUGGCAGAAGAAGGCAGAGCAGACUCUGGAACCUUGUAUAAAAAGUUCAUGCUCAUGGGCCUGCACACAGACACAGCUUUAUCUUCUGGAAAAAGAAAACUCGAAACCGAAAGCGAACUCUCUUACCUCGCUAUUCGUCUUGAUAGGCAAAAACUUGAUGAUGUACAUACUACUCAAUGCAGUAGGGCUUGCAAUACAAAUUUGCUGCUACGUUUCCUCCGCUGCAUUCAUCCUCAAGAUCAAAACAAACACGAACUCUCACAGCCUCGUCCAGCACGGCGCCGAUGACAAAUUUAGUCGAGGCACCACUGCAGAAUAUACCGGAGGAUAGGACGAUUCUGCCAGGCGAAGCAGGUUAGUCUACUUUUUGCGGGUGACGCAUUCUAAUUCUUCUUCUACUUCUUCGCUAACGCAAACCAGAGGAUGUGACUCUGCGUCGUACUCUUGAUGUAUGAUUGCGUGCCAGCCGGUCUCUGAUGCGAUUGUUCUCAUCCUGUCAGCACACUGUUUGACGACAUAACCCUCAGGUGACCUUCUAAGUCCUUCGCUUGCAGCUAAGCCGAAGGAUGCGGUGGACCAGCUUAUGACCGGCGAUGUCGCCCAGAGUAUCGCACUCGGAGCCCACAUCACAGGCGACGAACCAGCGUCAGGCUCGAGGAAAGGUAUCAUCAUAAAGGUAGAUGGUCGAAAGUGCACAAUGAGGACUGAUUCAAAUAAUCCAUUGCUGCAUGAAAAGAAAUGGAAAUAGUGUUUCAUGGUUCGCUGCAAAACACGAUAAAAAUCCUUGCCUCACCGAGAAAAUGGAAAAGGGACUCCGCAUUAAUCGCAGGGACAACGCGCGGGAGUCGGUCAUUACCGUCCAUGGGUAGCGCGGCGCAGAAAUCCGUGGCCAGUGGCGUGAGUCAGGGCGCCGUCUCUUCCACCGCGUCCGCGUCCAAGUUAAACCCGAUUGACGUGCACAAUGAAAAACGAAGGCGGAGAUACAUCCGUGCGCCCGAAAGCUUGACUCUCGAUGCAUGGUAAUGCGCAUAUUUAGACUGAGGGCCUGACUUUUCUGCUCGUUGUUUACUUUAUGCAAGCAGAAAAUGAAAAACUCAAACGAAGACGCUGACCACGCUCUACCGCAUGUCAUGCAGGCGCUGCUCAGUGUCUUGACGAGUUUUUUCGAAUGAGUAUCAAGUAUCUAUGUAUCUAUCAGAAUCAACUCUCUUUUUGCAGGUUGGAUGCGAACUCGCAGGCCAGUACGUACUCAGUAUCAACAGAUGUCUCGGACUACAGUAGGUGGACCGGGAUAUCAGAGAUGACAGAAACCACGGAGGGCAGCAUCACUUCGCAGCCCAUGCCGAUGUUCAAAGUAAUUUUCGAAAUGUUUCAUCUUUUGCGGAUUUUUCCCUUGCAGGAGAAACAGGAGAUGAAUUCAAUGAUUUUGAUCUCCACGCCGGAAAGAUCCUUGUCCUUGAAUACACGAGAUAUCAUGUUGGCGCACAGCAUGUAUUUUCGUCAAUACAAAUCCAGACACAAUACCGUCACCAUCGGAGGGGAUACGCGAUCAACCGCAGAAAGUGGCGCACGAUGUCAAACCAAGUGGGCCACCCGGUACCGCACCAAGACUAUCCAGACAGCCGGCGGUUUCGCACCACGACCAAGAGUCAGUUUCCCAACCCCUUCGGCGACAAACCGAACCCCUUGCACAAGGACGAGGCGAUGUACGCCUCGGUAUUCAAGCCGGAGGUCCACGGCAAGGUCGCUGAGGUGUUGGACGAGAUGCCGGAGGACAACAUGAAAGACUUCCUUUACAUGGUGCGGUGUCUGCACCAGGUGCGAAAAGAGACGAAGCCGCGAACCACCACGGAGCGAUUUUACGAUCUGGAGGAAAACCAGCGGCUGUAUGAGCCACCAAGAGCCAAACCCAUCGGCGAUCCCACGGAUCUCCGGAAGAGCAGCGUGCCACUCGGUAAGGAAUCGGAAAAAUUUGUGUUUCGGAAAUUCAAGGAAGUCGUGUCGAGUUGGUUGCUUGUGCAUUGCGAUUUGCCGCUACUCUGCCGUACUUCCGCGUUUUGCAGUAGAAAAUUGGGGACUUAGAAAAUGUGAAAAAAAAAUGUAUCAUGUAAAAUGAAUGCUUAUGAGUCACACUCACAGGUACCCUCACGGAGAACAUCAACAAGUAUCAAGUCCAACUCGGGGGGAAACCGCUCAUCACACAAGAAGACUACAAACGAAAUAUGGAGGUAAAAGAAAAGGGAAGGCUAUCUAAGUAUAUUACUUUUUUUGUAGGCCGUCGCAUCAACAUAUUACCAUGAAAAUUACAUGCGGUCUACGAUGCGGCUUGCAAUUUCGGUGCCACUGGGUAUUCUGACGUCAACGAACUGAAAGUGCAUUUACAACAUGAAAAUUCUCAGAUGCUUGACGUGGAGAACGAUCCGACGGCGUUACCGAGCGUGCCAAAGAGCAGGAUCAACGAUCUAAACAACGACGGGACCGCGAUGAGUGACGUUUUUUCGAUGGGAGACCACUUGGACGGUGCCGCCUCGGAUGUGUUUUAGAUGUUGAUUUUUUUCACCACUUCUUGAUGUAUCCGUUUCACAAGAAGUUGCCUGUUGGCGUUACAAUCCAACUUUACCUUGUUAAAACGAUUGCAAAGAACUUUAGCAAAACACUUAGUCCUAUAAUAUCAAAUCAUCCUCUCAGAUCCUUGUUACGAUUUACCAAGCUAUAGGCUUGUCAGACACGCCGCUUCGGCUUUGUUUCAAAGCGCGCAAGCAGUAGUUUACGAUUUAUCCAAAAAGUUGCAAAAUGUCAGGAAGCGAUACGGUUUCAGCAGGCGAUUUACCAGUUACGAUUUAUCAGACAACAGCGUUCACGUUCGAAAUGAUAGAGCAAAUUGUUAAAAUGUUAUCUACCACACUAGCUGCAGUGAUUUAGAGCAUGCAGUGUAGGAGCAGUCCUGCCCAAAGGAGAGGAGCAGCUGGAGGAGCUCGAAAGGAAAAACAUGCAGCGGAAAUGCACCAGCCACGAGGCUCAGUUUGGACUGCGUUAUUUUACGAUUUUUCAUGUUAUCAAUUUUGGUGCUUGGACUCAACAUUCAAAUUUACACCCGGGCAACUACUGUCGUGAUCGCGCGCAUUGAAAACCAGAGGCACAGUUGUUCUGAAGGAAUGAACUCUUUCUCUGCUGCUCUGUUGGAGACGAUCUGUUUUUUUUGGUCUCUUUUGCGCAGCAGGUGGGUGACCAAAAGAGGAAGCGACCAUUGUUACGUAC